AUGCCCGCAGUAGCCGAUGCCGGAGCAAAGACUGCCGGCCUGGAGGCUCUCCGCCGGUUGAAAUCCACGGAGCCACCGGUCUACCUUGCGCCCUCACCAGAGCUCUCAAAGGCAGCUCGAUCAGCCUCAGAAUAUUUGUUUUCCUCUCUCAGUCCUUACGCUCCUAAGUCUCCAUUUACCCACCUCUUGACUGAAGGGUUUGACCCCGAGCAGAUAUGGCAGCAAAUCGAUCUUCAGGCGCAGCCGUUGCUCACCUCCCUCCGCCGUCAUGUUAGGAAUUUCGAGAAAAAUCCUGAAGAAAUAGAAAAGCAGUUCAAUUUGGGUAAAGCUGGAAAAGUUGAGAAGGUGGCUGCGGAUGGAGAUAAUAAAGGAAGAGGAAGAGGGGUCGUAGAGAGUGAAAGUGAGGAUUUGGACGAUGAUGAUGAUGACCAGGAAGAAGAAGAAGAAGAAGAAGAAGAAGAAGAAGAUGAUGAUGAUGAUGAAGAUGAAGAUGAAGAAGAAGAAGAUGGGGAAGAUGAUGAGGGAGAGGGAGAAAGAAAGAAUGGAGUUGAAGAUCAGUUUUUCAAAAUUAAGGAAUUGGAGAAACUUAUUGCAGAGGCUGAAGAACAAGAGUAUGGAAUUAAGGAGGAGAAGAAAAAGAGGAAAAGAGAUAAAACUGCAGAUGAGGAGGAAGAGAGUGAAGAUGAAGAGGGAAGUGGAGACGAGGAACAUGAAGAUGAUGACGAGGAGGAUGACGAGCUUGGACUUAUGGGACUUGAAGAUGCCGAUGAUGAAAAAUGGGAAAAUGCUAGAUAUGAAGACUUUUUUGUACGUAAAAAAACUGACCAAAAGAGAAAACCUAAACAUUUUCGUGGAUCAGAUGACAUGGAUAUGGAUGAACCUGAGGACGAUGAUGAUGAUAGUAAGAACAAGGAAAGUCUUUCUACGCAUGAGAAAAAGCUAGCAAAACUUCGUUCUCAGGUAGAUGAAAUGGAGAAAGCAAACUUGGGACCCAAUAUGCAGGGCGAGAGACUUUCAACACAUGAAAAAGAGUUGGCAACGCUUCGUACUCAGAUAGAGGAAAUGGAAAGAGCAAACUUGGAACCAAAGACAUGGACAAUGCAGGGCGAGGUGGUAACAGCUGCUAAACGACCUAAAAACAGUGCUUUGGAAGUUGAUCUUGAUUUUGAGCAUAAUGUGAGACCUGCUCCUGUAAUUACGGAAGAGGUUACUGCAUCGCUUGAGGAAUUAAUUCAGAAACGUAUCCUAGAGGGCCGAUUUGAUGAUGUUCAUAAGCCACCUGCAUUAAUGGCAAAGGCACCAAGAGAGAAAAUAGAGUUGGAUGAGAAUAAGAGCAAGAAGGGCCUUGCUGAACUCUAUGAGGAUGAAUAUGCUCAAAAGACUGGUCUCGUAUCAGCUGCAUUGUCUUUCUCUGAUGAGCAAAAGAAAGAAGUGAGUGCGAAACUUAUAUUCAUGUUUUGUUGCGAUUAUGCUAUUCUCCCAUUUUGUAUCUGUUAUACUGUAUUCAAUGCAAGUAUGCUAUUUAAGAAAUUAUGCAUAAAGUUGGAUGCACUAUCCCAUUUCCACUUCUCUCCAAAACCGGUAAUCGAGGAUAUGUCCAUACAAGCGAAUGUCCCUGCUCUGGCCAUGGAAGAGAUUGCGCCUCUAGCAGUGUCUGAUGCAGCUAUGCUUGCCCCUGAAGAAGUGUUUUCUGGCAAAGGAGAUAUUAAAGAAGAAACAGAGCUAACGAAAGAAGAGAGGAAGAGGAGACGAGCUAACAAGAAGCGGAAAUUUAAAGCUGAGUCCGCAAAGAAGAUGACCGUGAAGGCACAGCCAACUGCAAUGGCAACCCACGAGGAUGGCAAUGAGGACUCGUGAUUAGCACAACAAUUUUGUAAGAGAUUACCUUGCAUCCUCCCAUUCAACCAGCUUUGGGUAUCGCGACUUAACAAAUUUCGACUCUUAGUACUUAUGAAAAGGAAAAUUUUGGGAGUUUCCAGUAGGAAGAGAUGGAAGGAUAUAUUAGAGAUUAUGUUCAGCAAAUUUGUUGUUCUUUGUUUUUUUCUCCUGGAAGUGAAAUUCAAUCGCGCUCUGUACCCAAUAGAUUCUGUCAAUCUCAAUUAAAUUAUUGUAAGAUUUUUCUUUCAAGCACCAGAAGCUCGUGUCGUGUGUCUGCGUUUUGCAAAAUCUUCUGUUCUAUUCAAAUAACAAUGUACUGCUACAGUAUACAUAUCAACAUUAGAGGCUCCAACCCUUUUUCAUCAACUCAUUAGAUUUUGAAGCCCUUUUUCAAAUUCAGCAAACAAAGGCUAAUCUCAAAUUCUUCAUAAAUACAAGUACACUUUAGGUGUU